AUGGCGCGGGGGUCGCGCGGGGGGGGUGGGUCGAGCGCGAGCUUGGAGGAGAGGCUCAAGCAGAGGCUGGAGGAGCAUCUGGGGCUGGAAAGAAUCAUCAUUGACAGCGUUGUGGACGCGAUUGACGAUGCCGUGGACCAGCGGGAAGUCGAGGCGCUCGUGCAGAACUUCAUCGGCGAGGACGAGGGGGCCUUGGCGAUCAUCCAGUCGUACUUGGCGCAGAAGCGCGCGGCGGGCAGCACGCGGCAGCGCCCGAGGCCCACGCCUGUGCAGGUUUCGGGCGCCAGCCGGGGACCAUCGGGCGCUCGAGCUGACACAAGGUUCGAGGACUCCGCUCACGGCUCCGGCAGGGCAGAUGGACCAUCUGCGAGCGCGGGCGCGGGCAGCUCUGCCCCGGCUCGCUUCCAGCAGCUCAGCAUGGCGCAUCCGAGCGGCGUCGUUCCCGAAAACGGCCCCGACGAGAACAACCCUGCACCAGCACCGUCCACCGACGCCGGCCCGGGUCCCUCGUCUUCUCAGGGCGCGGCGGCGAACCCCACGAGCAUGAUCAACGUUGGCCGUAAUAUCCCCGUCAAACAGUCCAAGAAGAUGGCGCGCGCCAUGACGCUCGCCGACCAGGCCCCCGAGGGCACGUCGGUCGAGAAGCAGGUCGCCAACUGCCUGUCGUGCGGCAAGGUGUACGACCUGCGCAAGCCAUCGGAAGAUGCCUUGUCGCUCGUGCGCAGCGGCGGGACCUGCGUCUUCUGCAACGCGCACGUCAACCUCAGCAUGUCUUCGGCGCCGGCGCCGCAGCGCCAGGCCGAGGGAGCGCGGGCGAAGCCGGCGGCGCAGGAGGACGCUGACCGCAAAGCUGCCGAGUUCAAAAACCGCCUCGUCGCGUACGACAGGGAGGGCGCGAAGCGCACGGCGGUGAUCGACGACCAGAGCGACUGGUUCGCGAUCGACAGCAACGCGUGGCUCACCGACGAGGAGAAGGAGGAGGCGCGCCGGCGCGAAGCAGCCAUCCUCGCCGCCGAGGAGGCUCAUCGCAACCGCAUCCAAGUGCGCGUCGACCUCGUGGGCCGCCAGGUCGUCGUCGUUGACCAGGCCGCCGAGGAGGACGCCGCGCGGCAGGCGGCCCAGGACGCCGCGCAGGGCAGGCCGCGCGCCGGUGCCUUCGACUCUGGCGCCGGCCCGAGCUCCGGGGCGGCUGGCCUUGCGGCGGACGUCGCGGGCGCCGCGGAGGCGACGCUGGCCGAGGCUGCACACGGCGGCGGCACGGCCGGCGCCGCGGCGCUGCAGGCGGCGGCGGAGGAGGCCAGGCUGCGUGACUUGCGAUUGGCGACGUGUCCCGACAUCAAAGGACCCUCGCCGAUGUUCAUGCCGCGCGCGGAGGUGGCGCGGACGGAGGGGGAGGACGAGAGUCCGUUCGAUGGUAUGGCGGCGCUCGUGGAGCAGCUGGCGCCGUGGAGGAACGAGGCGGGCGGCGUGGAAGGCGCCGCUGCGUAG